AUGGCAUCCAUCACCAUCCUUGCUGCACUCCUUCUUGUCAGCUGGACACUCAUCGUCCUCCUCAUCCUCAUCAUCGCCUUCACUGUUUUCUUCCUCAAAGACAGCUACACCUUCAAGGUCCACCUUGAACACACCCCCACUCCUCUCACCACCACCCCUAUCAACAAACAAGCUCUCAAUUGGGCCAACAACGGAACACAAGUAACGUCCCCCAUUGAGCUCAUCCCCAUUCCAUUUACUGAUCUCCUCAGUGCCCUUCUGGGCUUCUUCCUCAGCACCCUUCUCAGCACCCUUGCCCUCACCCUUCGCACCACCAUUCGCUAUCUUGAGUGCGAACACUAG